AUGUCGAGUCGGCGGUCCGCUCUCCGCCGUCUCACCACUGCCUGUCACCGUCUCCUCGCGUCGCCGCCCCACGCGCUGCCGUCAUUAGCCGCGCGAUCCGCCAUCCGCUCUCCGCCCUCGCCAUCUCCCGCGUUUCCGCACGACCACCGUCUGAUUGCGCGCGACCUUUCACGUCUGCACUCGUCCGCCCGCACACAGCCCUCGUUACUUCCGCCGUUCCCGCCGCACACGCGCAACCUCUCCCCUCGUACAUCAGCCGCCCCGGAUCACGCGCUGCUUCCGCCUCCUCCGCAUUCGCUCUGCGCGCUUCCGGCUGGCCCUAAGCUUCUGCUUUCGCUCCGCCAAUGCAGUGCUUCCGCGCAACCCACUUCGGAUUCGAACUCUCCCAGCCGAGACAGUGAGCGCGGGCGGAGCAGGGGCGAUUUGGAAACAAAGGCCGAUGCCGCGAAGAACCGGCGUGCGGAGCACCGGCGCGCGGCGGAGGACUGGCGCGAGGAGACCCGGCGCGCGGAGGAAUGGAUCCGCUACAGCGGAGAGCCGCCGCCGGCGCGAGACACCGCGCACAGCGCCUCGGCCGGCACAUCCCACAGGGUUGAUCAGCGCGCGCGGCCGCACAGCCCGCGCGACGGCAGGGGGAGUGGCGAGCGGAGAGAUUGGGGCGAGCGGACCAGCAGUGGCGGGCGGAGCGAUUGGGGCGAGCGGAGCGAUCGGGGCGGGAGGAGCCGUAGCGGAGGGCGGGAACAGCAGCAGCACCACCUAAAGGCGGAGGCUGCAAGGCGAGCCGUCCGGCACAAGCGGAUUUUAGAAGAGGAAGAGUCGCCCUCCUUUGAGAAAUGGCUGCAGCGGCAGGGCGGGGGGAGCGCCGCACGCGAGGGCGGAGGGGGGAAGCAGUGGCGCGAGAAGAAGGUGCGGUGGGUGGCGGGGACGUACGCGGAGAUGCGCGCGUCACAUGGCAUGCGGCUGCUGAACGCCCAGCGGUCGUGGAUGGAGAGUGAGGACGUGGCGAUGGUGGCGCGCCACCUCAUGCACAUGGAUGGCCACGAGGAGUAUGACGGGCACGAGUGUGCAUUGCGCGUGCUCAAGUGGGGCCACAGCAUGGGCAUCUACUCGCCCUCCACCUCGCCCCGCGAGGCCAUGCUGCUCGCGCACCACCUGGCAAGCCGCCAGCGCGUCGCCGACAUGCUCACUCUGACGCACAUGGUGCUCGCCGCCCGCCCGCCGCCGCCCGUUUUUGCGGAGGAGAUGCUGGCAGUGCUGGCGGCGUGUGUGCGGCACAAGCGGGCAGCAGAAGCUGCUGCGGUUUACUCGUUUGUGAGGGGUGUGGGGCGUGAAGAGGGGGGAGGUGGUGGUGGAAGGGGAAGAGGGGUGCGGGGGGGUGUUGAUGGGGGACGAGGGGGAGGGGGGUCGACGCAGAGAGGGGGUGCGGAAGGGGGGGAGGUGAGGGGGGAGGAGAGAGGGAGGGGAGAGGAAGUGGUGAUUCCGCGGAAGUUGCUUCAGAAACUUUACGAGUGUCUGCAGCAGCCAGAGCAUGCAGGUGUGCAUGCACAGGUGAAGGCACAUGUGGAGAAGGAGCUGCGCCUGCAUGUGGAGUAG